AUGAGGACUGGCAGCGUGACAGGUUGGCUGCUGUCGGGACUAGCAGUCAUCUCCCCUCUCACAGCCGCAGCGGCAUCUCCGGACUUGACGACGAAACACGAAGCAGGACGAUGUGCGAUACGAGGAAACUGUGGCAAACAAGGUUUCUUUGGCAAGCAGCUACCGUGUCCGGAUAACUAUCUGGCAGAGGAGCCUUCAGAAGAUGUGAGGAAACAGCUCGUCUCGAUUUGUGGCGAGGAGUGGUCGGAUACCAAAGUCUGCUGUAAGGCGGAACAGCUGGAUGCGCUGGAGAGCAACCUCAAGACGGCGAAUCGGCUCAUAUCAUCAUGUGGAGCAUGUAAGAAGAACUUCUACGACCUCUUCUGCACAUUCACUUGCUCGCCGGAUCAGUCGUUGUUCGUUAACAUCACCCAAACGGAGCCGAAGGAUGACAAGUUCAUGGUUACUGAGCUCGAUCAGCUUGUGAGCGAUGACUUCGGUGCUGGGUUCUACAGCAGCUGUAAAGAUGUGACUUUUGGAGCUACUGGGAGCAAGGUCAUGGACUUCUUUGGCGGAUCGAAGAACUACACCGAUCUGUUGACGUUCUUGGGAAAGAAGUCACCAUUCGGCAGCCCCUUUCAGAUCAACUUUCCUCGCCCAAGCGAAGGCUUCCCGAAUAUGGAGACUGUCCUGAAGGAUCCAAAGCCUUGCAAUAGCACGGAAGAGAUAUAUCGCUGCGCAUGCGUGGAUUGCGAAGGAUCAUGCCCAGCUCUGCCGGCCAUUCACGAAGCCGAGCAGUGCCACGUUGGACUGCUGCCUUGCCUCAGCUUCGCGAUCGUCAUAGUCUACUCCACGAUCAUCGCUUUGUUGGUGCUCGCUGUCACUGGCCAUGUCGCCGCAGCCAAACGCCGUCAGAGCAAGAACGAGCGUCUCCAGCUCUUGCAGGACGCUUCUCCGAGUGACGAUGAGGAUGAAGGCGAUGUUGGAUACAACGGCAACAUGCUGGAUCGACCAACGAAGCAAUACGUUGUCAACACCUUCGUCGAUCGCAUGUUCAGCAGGCUUGGACGCACUUGCUCUAACUUCCCUGCCAUCACUAUCUCCAGCUCUGUUCUCGUUGUGGCUCUUCUCAGUCUUGGUUGGAUUCGGUUCGCCUUGGAGACCGAUCCAGUCAAGCUAUGGGUCUCGCCAGACUCAGAUGCGGCGAGAGAGAAGGAGUUCUUCGACACCAACUUCGGUCCAUUCUUCCGUGCCGAGCAAGCAUUCCUCGUGAAUGAUACUGCUAGCAAGCUUGGUCACUCACCUGUCCUCAGCUACGAUACCCUUUCUUGGUGGUUCGACGUCGAGCGCAGAGUCAGCGUGCAGAAGAGUCUUGAACAUGGAUAUACUCUAAAGGACGUCUGCUACAACCCGACAGGGGAGGCAUGUAUUGUUCAGUCCGUCUCAGGCUACUACGCCUCGGAAAGCUUUCAGAAAGACACUUGGGAGGAGCACCUUCGCACUUGCACGGAGACCAAUACCGACCAGACUUGCCUCCCUGCAUUCAAGCAGCCUCUUCCUGUGGAGCGCCUGCUAGGGGGUUUUGAUAGAGCCAACCAAUCCGCUCUGCAAGCAUCGGCUCUCAUCACUACCUGGGUGGUCACGAACUACAACCCCGGCGAACCUGGCCUUGCAAAGGCCGAAGAAUGGGAAGAGAGCUUCAAGCGCCUGCUUCUAGAUGUUCAAGAUGAAGCAGCCGAGCGAGGACUCCGGUUGAGCUUCAACGCUGAAAUCAGUUUGGAGCAGGAGCUGAACAAGAACACGAACACCGACGCUAAGAUUGUGGUCAUCAGCUACAUCGUCAUGUUCAUCUAUGCCUCGCUGGCACUCGGAAGCACCACGAUCACCCUCGGCACCGUCCUGCGUAACCCUAUGGGAGCGCUGGUUCAGAGCAAAUUCAUGCUGGGCAUUGUCGGCAUCUUGAUCGUGUUGAUGUCUGUGGCUGCAUCCGUCGGAUUAUUCGCAGCCGUAGGCGUCAAGGCCACGCUGAUCAUUGCGGAGGUCAUCCCAUUCCUGGUAUUGGCUGUCGGCGUCGACAACAUCUUCCUCAUCGUGCACGAGUUCGAGCGCGUGAACGUCAGCCACGCUGAUGAGGACGUCUCUGAACGUGUGGCUCGCGCGUUGGGCCGCAUGGGACCUUCCAUCCUCCUCUCGGCGAGCACAGAGACCGUAGCAUUUGCGUUGGGAGCGGCAGUCGGCAUGCCUGCCGUGCGCAACUUCGCUGCUUAUGCUGCGGGCGCUGUGUUCAUAAACGCUGUGCUACAGGUCACCAUGUUUGUGUCCAUUCUCGCAUUGAACCAGCGACGUGUCGAAGACGGCCGACUAGACUGUGUUCCCUGCGUCAAAGUGCGCAAUGGACAGUCACACCACAUGCAGAAUGGCUAUGGUGGCGCACCUUUCAGCGGAGUCGACGAAGAAGGCGUCCUGGCGAGGUUUAUUCGCAAGCACUACGCUCCCGCUAUUCUCGAGAAGAAAGCAAAAGUUGCCAUCAUUACAGUCUUCCUAGGACUGUUUGCGGCUGGCAUCUCACUAUUGCCGAUCGUGGAACUGGGUCUGGACCAGCGCAUCGCUAUUCCUUCUGACAGCUACCUGAUCAAUUACUUCAACGACCUCGAUGCUUACUUCGGCUCGGGCGCGCCCGUCUACUUCGUUGUCAAGAACGCCAACAUCACAGCCCGGCCGCAUCAGCAAGAACUGUGUGCUCGCUUCACAACAUGCCACACAUUCUCCCUGGCGAACAUCCUCGAGCAAGAGCGCAAGAGACCUGAGUACAGCUACAUUGGCGAAGGCACCGCGAGCUGGGUCGAUGACUUCUUCCAGUGGCUCGACCCGGAGAGCAACGAGCAGUGCUGUGUUGACGGCAGCAAAGCGUGCUUCGCGGAUCGUGACCCACCGUGGAACCGUACUCUGUACGGCAUGCCCGAAGGACAAGAGUUCAUCGACUACGCUCAACGCUGGCUGAAGAGUCCCACCGAUGAAGAUUGUCCGUUCGGUGGUAAGGCUCCAUACGCGGAUGCCGUUGUGUUGAACCCGAAGGGCACGACUGUCCAAGCCAGUCAUUUCAGAACAGCACAUACUCCCUUGAACAGUCAAGCCGACUUCAUCAACGCCUACGCCGCUGCCCGCCGCAUCGCCAAGGAUAUCAGCGAUCACAACGACGGCAUUGAGGUCUUUCCCUACAGCAAGUUCUACAUUUUCUUCGACCAGUACGCCUCCAUCGCUCGUCUCGCCACGGGUCUCGUCGGCGCAGCUUUGGCGUUCAUCCUCGUCAUCUCAAGCAUCCUGCUCGGAUCUCUCGCCACCGGAAUCGUGGUCACCGUCACCGUGAUCAUGAUCGUUGUCGACAUCGUCGGAACUAUGGCUCUCGUCGGCGUGUCUCUCAACGCCGUCAGUCUGGUCAACAUCGUCAUUUGCGUCGGCAUCGGCGUCGAGUUCUGCGCGCAUAUCGCCCGCGCGUUCACUGUGCCUUCACCCUCCAUUCUGGAGCGUGCGCAUGGCAAGUUCCGCGGCAAGGACGCUCGCGCUUGGGCGGCAUUGGUCAAUGUGGGUGGGAGUGUCUUCAGCGGUAUCACGAUUACGAAGCUGUUGGGUGUGUUUGUGCUUGCGUUCACGCGGAGUAAGAUCUUUGAAAUUUAUUACUUCCGGGUGUGGUUGUCGCUGGUACUGUGGGCGGCACUGCAUGCCUUGGUUUUCUUGCCGGUCGCUUUGAGUAUCUUCGGCGGUAGAGGCUACGUGGAUCCGGACAAUGAUGGUGGUCUUGAACAGGACUUGGCAAGUCGUCGUUACAGAGCGCUUUUGCCUGAUGAUGAGUAUGACAGCGAAGAAUACUAG